CUGGAGGGCUGUGCUGAAUGAAACGAAUAAACCUGAAAGGUGUUCACAAUUCACAUUACAACUGACAGUAGGCCUAGCGGUCACUGCAAACAGCUAGCCUAACACUGAUUCAGUUCUCGUGUGGUUGUGGUGACACUAUUGAUGAAGUUUCUUCCCACUCAAAAGUUGAUCAAAUAAAGAUUUUUGCCCCAUUGCUCAUACUAAUAGUCCAUCAUGCCUAAAUAUUAUGAAGAUGUGGAGGAAACAAAGACCAAGAAGAAGUUUGCCUGUGAAGGGAUUCGAGAUGAUCUGUUGGAGUGCCUUCUGAAGACUGACUGUGUUAUGAAGGAAAAGAGAACACCCAGAGACUGCAUGAGUGACCCUUCAAUACCUGAUGAGUGCAACAAGCUUAGAGUUGCCUUCCUUGAAUGUCGGAGAUCAAUGCUGGACAUGAGGACGAGGUUCAGAGGAAGAAAAGACUACUGAGCUUUUUGUUGCUUUCUUCGUCUUAUUAUGAGUUUGUUGGUUUGAAUUGUGUUACUUGAGCGAAAUGGAUAACGUUUAAUUUAUGUACAUGACGUGUGGUGGAAAAUGAAAUGAGUCUCGCUGGUGUAUUCAAAAGUUUUGUUUCUUCUAGUGUGAUCAUGCUGUUUGUGGACGGGGAAAGAGUGAGUUAGACCGUGCGGUUGUUCUUCUUUUAAGCAUGCUUGGGACUUUUUCUGACAUUUGUCGUUGUAAGUGGAUAGAUGCAAUGUGUUGUGCAUGGGAUGUUUUCUUACCCAGAAUACUUUGAAUAAAAAAUACAAACAAAUUAUAGAUUUCUUCUGUGGUGAUAUUUUUAUAGUUGUGAUAAAGUGAAAGAUAUUAUGAUGUGUGUGGUAAGAAUGUUGAAGGAGUAGGCCUUUUUUCUUUUUCUUUUCUAUUGAGAGAUUGAGAUCCGAUGUUGUUCUCAGUAGAUCUGGGAUUUCUCUUCCAGCUUCCAUGUCCCCCGAGAAUGGAGCGCCAUGUGUAGUGUCUAGCUGUCUAUUGUCCAUGGUAAAACUGUUGUGUUGUCGCGCCUACUUGUGUGGAAUGUCGUGCACAGUGCAGACCAGUGUGGGAUUUGUCUGCAUAAAUUUGCUAUCAUUUCUUAUUUGUUGAGAAAUAAAAGUUUGUCAAUAGAAGAAGAAA